AUGCAAAUUGAGUAUCCUGUUGUUCGAUCGGCCAUUUUCUGCCCCAUGAGCCUGAUGAGCCAAGUCCUAUCCGUGAUAUUGACUGCCUCCCAGCCACGCCGCGGUGUUGAGGCGUGCGGCGCCAAGCGCAACGGAGCGGAGGAGGCGGGGGCGGGAAGGGCGGGCGGGGCGGGGCGGGGCGGAUCGCACGCGGCGGAGUCGAUCGACGGCCUGCGGCCGCACGCCACCGCGCAUCGCCACCGGCGCGGCGCCGGCACCGUCACCGCCACCUCCUCGUCCGCCGAGCGCAAGACAUCGCAGUUGACACGACCACCAAGCAAAAGGAAAAAGCCAAAGGAGCCGGCCGGCCGUCGGUGCCAGCCGCGUGCUCCGAGCCCCGGCGACGCUUACCUCUUCACACGUCAUCUGCGAGCGGGGACCGCCACCAUUGGGGCCGGUGCGUGGCUGCGGCGGGCGGGCGGGCCGAGGCGAGGCGUGGCGUGGCGAGGCGAGGCGAGGCGAAGCGAGGCGGGCGUGCGACCGACGGCGUCCGCGCGCGAAGACCCACUGCGGUCGGCCGCCCCGCGCCGCGGCCCUGGAGCCAUCUGGCGGCAGCGCGCGGAGGUGUCGCCCUGUGCGCGGCGCGACGCGACGCGACUCGGUUCGCUCGGCUCAAGCGUGUUCCAGCCACCCUUGCACGGUGCUCGCUCGGGCCUGCGGCUUGUGACCCAGGUCACGUGUCAACCAAUAAUUCUUGGGGAAGAAAUUAUGACCAUGGCUCAGUUCUUGAAGUCGUUAAUUAAAGUGUCUGUGAAAGCAGCCAAUAUUGCAAGAUUUCCAAAUAUAGCUUCUCAUAUCAAAGGCGAGGAAAACAAUUCUUUCAGUAAUGUUUUGGGAGAGAGCAUUACUGUGGCUAUUCAAGAAAAUGAAGCUGAUACUGCUGCACUAUUGACUCAGGUUGUUUUGAAUGGUGAUACUACAGCAGGUGGCUUAUUAGCUGCAGAAGUUCAUAAAGCAGUAUUGGUAGAUUACCAGUCUUUGAAUGUAGAUCGUAUACCUGAUGAUCUCACAUUGCCAGUAGUGGUCCUCAGUUCUAGUGAAAGUUCUGAUUUGAAGGAACGUCUGACUGAGAGAGGUUAUUUGGUGGUGGAGGCUGCCGGAGCAGGAUAUAAAUGCCUUGUUGUAGCAUUGGGACAAGCGGAUGCUUACCUGCUCUCUCGAGGAACUACGUACCGCUGGGACAUUUGUGGCCCCCAUGCUCUGUUGCUAGCACAAAAUGGAGGUAUCAUUCAGUUUGUGCCUGCUGAACAAGGUUCAAUACAAGAAAUAUCAUACCUUGAAACCGAUGAUGACAAAUCUGAAGGUAUAAAUCAGUGGUGCAAUAAAGAUGGUGUCAUUGCUUACAGGAAUGCGCAAUUUCUUGGGGAAAUUGUUCAUUUGUUGAAGAAAAGCUAGAGUACAUUUUCUGUGAAUUGAUAUAUGAAAUUUUAAUUGAUCAGUACUCUAUUGUUGCAUAAUUAUGAAGUUUUAAAAUUUUAUUUUAGUUGUCAUUACAUCUUCCCGAGACCUUUUUAAGAUUUAAUGUCACAGAAUUUUAUGGAAAUGUUGUAGAAUUUUAAAAAAUUCUUAAUUCAAUAUGUUGUUGACUAGGAUUUUUAAAAAAAAUGAAUAGUUAACAGAUAUUUUUAUGAAAAACAAUUAUAUAUGCAGAAUGCAGGAUCCCCAUGUCAUAAACAGAGAGACAUGGACUAUGUUUAUCAAAUUUGUUGAUUUGGAAUCUAUGCAUUGCUCUUGCGUGACGGUGCAAUCAUUUUUAUCUUAGUUGAAAGUUGUAAUGUUAAUCAGACUCUAUUUACUCAAAGACUAAAGAUUUGAAUGUUGCCAGGCAAAGCAAACAAGGGAUAUAAAAUGUAGAAGAGAUUCAGAUUACAAAUAAAAUAGGUUAGUUAUUAAAACAUUUAUCUAACAAGAAAAUGGUUUGCAUGUGCAUUGAUUUGUGAUUUUGAUUACUUUAUAAACAUCAUGGUCCAAAUUUGCAUUUCAGUUCUUGUGAUAGUGGCAAGAAGGGAUGCCAUAGAUUUGAAAGAUUUUAAAGAAAGUUACACACACAAAUUUUGUAUAUUGUGUUUAUAUAUGUGUUUGUCUAUGUUUUUGUAUAUUGUGUUUAUAAAAAGUAUAUUAUUAUUUUUUUGUCAUACAAAUUAUUUAAGAAGUGUUAAAAAAGUUAAAAUUAUUGUUUAAUGUUUAUUGUUAACGCAUUUUAUGGGUUAAUUAAUAUUGUAUACAAAGAAAAUUUUUAUUAAUAUUCAAAAAAUAUACCAUUGGAGAACAUCUGUUAGUGUUGAGUCUUUAAGUUUCCUCUAAUGUGUGGCACACAAUUUAAAUACAUUUACUGGUAACAUGAUUGAGCUUAUUUAAAUUGACCUGAGUAAAUAGUGUUGCAAGAGUGUUUGCCAAUUUUCCAAAAUGUUGUUUUUUAAUUUACAUAAAAAAGGUAAUAUAAAUUGGAUUCUUUGCAUUAUCGUUUGCUUCCUCAGCAAGUGUGUGUAUUAAUGGUCAUGUAUUAAAUCUUUGAAGAGUCAAGGAAAAUACUUUUCCAGUGGACAUGUUGUAUUACUACAAUUAAUUUGUGUUGUUGGAGUAGUAGUACUUUAGAUUACUGGAAGAAUACUCAUCAUUGGCUGAAGUGUCAACAUUUUAAGUUUUGACUGAAGGAACUCCGAAAGAUUACUGAUAUUCCUCUUGUUCAUUUAGCAAAACAUUUAACAAUAAUGUUGGUACAUCUGUCUAGGAUGCAGCAUCUGAAAACACACCCUAAUACCUAUAAUUUUAUAUGCAACAAUGCUUUCUCAUUUGUUUUAUAGAGGCAUUUUACUGUUCCUACAUUUUAAAUAUAUGUUUUAACUCAGAUGUAGAAGUUGUCAUUUGGUAAGAAAUUGCCUGGUGUAAGAAAUGGUAAGAAAUAACAAUUUGAAGUCAAGUCAAUACAAUAACAUUAGUGAAUGUACCUGGAAAUAAAGUAAGACUAGUGUUACGUUAUUUUAUGUUGAUUUCUCUGAAGAUGACAUGAUACAUUUUGCAGAGGGGCUUAUUUAGUAACCAGUUAAAUUCUUGGCUGAGUUUCAUUUUAACAUUGUUCCUUUUUAAUUAUUUUGUAGAUAAUAUUUGCAAUUACAAGACCAUUUGGGAUAUUUUUAAUAAACAAUUAUCUCCAUAUUAUUUUCAUUUUUCAUCAUGUAUUUAUUUGGAUUAGACAUUUAUUCUGAGAUUGAGCUAUCUAUCUGAGAAUUAUGAGACUGCAAAAAUUUCAAUUACUUGAAAUUAGUGCACUCAGUGAAAUCAGGAAAGUUAGCCCUCAAAAACUUAAAAAUCAAUUAUUAAAGUGUUUAAAAUGAUGUUAAAUAAUGGAAAUUGUUUACUUUAAAAAUUGUGAAGGGUAUUAGUAUGUUAAAUUAUAAAAAUUAAUGUCAGUUUACUAUUAGGCAAGUUUGUAAAUGAGUUUUGUACAAUAAUGUAUGAAGAGAAUCCAUACCUACAAGAAAGUAAACUGUGCAAUUUUUUUGUUCUAUGCACAAUGUGUGCGUGUCUCAAUCAGCAGUCUGUAAUGAUGAAACUAGUAGUCUAUUUGCUUAAUUUCUAAAUAGACAAUAUUCUUGAUUGAGUAGCAAUUCAUUGGUAUUGAAUAUUUCUUAUUUUCAACCUAAGUUGAUACAUAAAUCAUUAUAAGCUUUCACAGCCAGUGUCAAUGAUAAGAUUGUUUUUCAGGCUGAUAGACGAUGGUCCACUUGAAGCGCAACUUCAAGACUUUUUGACUGCUACUGCGGCAGACAUCAGCAGCAGCAAUAGGGUGUAAUGGUCGGAGACCCUUCCUUGUGUGCUGCUGGCUGACUACUGAUGGGCAAGUACGGGUCAUUCAUCAUUGCCUUAUUGCUGCUGAAAAUGUUUGCCCCCACAGUAGCAGACGAAACGUCUGGAAGUACUUGAAGUAGAACAUGGCCUAUCAGCUUGUAAAAUAAUUUAAUCAUAACUAGAUAUGUUAAAUUUCUAUAUUUUUUUAAUUAUUGUGAAUUUUUAUGUGUUAAUUUAUUGCCGAUGCAAUAUUUGGGUAUUGAAAACAAUAUUUCUUGGUAUGCCUUAUGUUUUAAUAUUAAAGUAAGAAGAAAAUGAAUUCAUGAUAUAGGUAGACUUGUAAAGUUUACUAGAGGUUCUUGGUGAGAAAUCCCAAAAUAUGAUACAUUUAUGAUCAUUGGAUAAAGUAAUGAUUGGAUCACAGAGUAGGUGUACCUACAAACUCCUGUUCUGUGAUGUUGCAAGAAAAACUAAUAGAUAAGUUAGAAUAGAACUCUCUUAUAAGAGAUAUAUGGAGAUACAGAUUUUGGACAUACAGACAGGCACUUCUGCUGUCGGAAAAUGAUAAUACAAGUUAUUAUGUCUUACCCUAAGGAUAAUAAAUGGAUUUCAACUAAAACACUCUUCACCUAAGGUUAUCUUAAAUUUUCACUUCCAUUUUGGAGCCACCAUCAUUGAAGUUGUGAAACAUGUCUCCAAAUUGCGAAGCUGCCUUCCACACAAACAGAGCACUGUUUAUCAAUUGAUUAAGACCAAUAUCACCAAGAUGGAGGGAAGGUCAGUACAUCGUACACAUAACUUUCAGUCAUCUUGUCAAAUACUAAAGAGCUCAUACUAUUUCUAUUAAGCUGAACUCAGUAAAAGUAAAAUAUUCAGUGAAACUGCCUAAGAGAAAGUGAUUUUUAUUUCAAAUGAUCAAUAAAUUGUGUAUGGUCAUAAUCUGCAAAUUUAUCAAAUUAUGCUCCUUUUUUUAAAUUCAAAUUGAAGUAUUUUCAAUUUAGUAUUUCGUUGUUUGGUAGAAACUAUAAUAUCAUGACUGUACUUGACUUUUUGAAUAUUGGAUUAAUUAUUUACUUUCUAAAGGUUAAUUUCAUCCUUAUUGUGUUUACAUUUCAAUUCAGUACAUUAUCAUUAUAUUUUCGUUCUUUACUUAAAAGGAUAAGAUGAACAGAAAUCCAGUUAAAAUUUCCUUAUUGAAAUAAAUUCUUUUCACUAAUUAGCUUUCCUUCACAUUUUUCAGUUAAAUCUUAAUCAGUAGUUAAACUUUGGAAUAAGUGAUGCUGAUUAUUUAUUGAUCGCUUAUUGACAUUUGCUUAAGUGUGUCUGUCAUGAUUUUACCAGAAAUUGUUUAGAUAUUAAAUAUUCAAUGAUUUUAUUUUGUUCUUGUUUUGUGGAACUUCAAAAAUUGAAUUAUGUUUUACAAUUUGAUUGGGAAUUGAAAAUUUGAUCAAAUUGAAAUAAUGUUAGCAUAAUAUACUUUACCAUAGAGGAAGUUUUAGAUUAAGUAAUUCAUAAUUACUAUAUUUUCCAUGUUAAUUCUUUUUUAUAUAUCAAAAUAAUCAAGUGAAAACUUCUAAAACAUGUUUUGUUCAAUGUUUAUAAUAAUUAUACAUACGUACUUCAAUUAUUAAAAUAUAACUUGGAUUGUAAAUAUAUUUGUAAUUUUUUUUAUUGUCAUGCUGUUUCAUGUCUGAUGUAGAUUUCAUUGUGAUAUUGAACAUAGCUACCCUCACAUAAAGAUGUGAUUAAAUCUUCAAAGUAAAUUAUUAUUAUUUUGAAUCAUAUCUGUGAAUGUCAUUUAUGGGCUUUUCAAGUAAGAAUGAUCUAAUUGUUAUUAAAUCAAAUGGAAAAAUGUGUACUACUAAUUUCUGUUGGAGAGUUAAAAUUUGCAGUUAACAUUUUAAAAAUAAUGUUUUAUUUUUUUUCUACCUCAUGUGCAUUUAUUAUUGUUUCUUAUCAUUUGAUAAAAUGUAAUCUAGCCUCUCAAAAAAAUAAUUGUGUUAGUUUUUAUCAAAUGAAAUCUUAGUGAGGAUGUCUCACUAAUCUCAAUGGGCAUACAGUUUUCAAAAAUAAGUGAUUGAAAUAAUAGGAGUAAUUCAAGUGAUGAUUGUCUUUUUAAUACAAUCACUAACUCUGUGAGUGUAAUUAAGAGAUAUUAUCUAUAUUUUGAAUGGAAAUAAUUUGUAUACGUGUGAUAUAGAACUACUGAACAAUUCUUUUAAUGUAUUCUCUGCAAAACUUAAGGGGGAUAAACUUCUAUGUUUGCUCCUCACUAAACUGAUUGAAUGUAUUGAUUCCACAAUAUUCACUGCGUGGACCAAAGAGGUAACUGAAUAUGCAAUGUUAGUGUACAUUUUAUUAUAAAUUAAGAACCAUAAGAGAUUGUAGGUGUUUUAAAUUUCUGAAACUCUUAAGUGCAUUUUCUUUAAAAAGGUUUUAUGAAAUUGAAAACUAUUAUGUUCUGAUUAUUAUUUAAUGGUUAAAGGUAAAGGAGAACAAGUAAUCUUUUUGGGCCAUCUGCCCAUGAAGGAAAUGUUUGUAAAGAAGAUAUGCUUUGUUCAACUUGUUAAAGGGAUUCCAGUCUUCUGAAGCAUAUUUAAUAGGUACUAAUUGAAAUAAAUUAUUUUAUCAAAUUCACAUAAGUUCAUCAUUAACAAGUGAGGCAAAUUAAAGCUUGCAUAACGAUCUUGCCAUUUAUUAUUAUAUAUUUUUAUUGUUUAUGCUUCAGAAGUAAUAAAUGAAUUGUCAGCCAUAAUAAAUGCCAAAAUGUUAACAGAGAAAGAAAUACUUUGUGUAAUGAAUAAUUCUCUGGGAUUUCAGUAUUGGAAACUGAUUGUUGUGUGAUAAUUAAGUUUAAAUGUGAUACACAAUGUGAUGUGUUUAUAUCAAAUAUAUUUAUAAUUACAUUGGCCAAAGCAUAUGAAUGUUUAACAGAAUCUUGGAUGAUGUAGUGUGUAUACUCUCUUUAUUUUAAAUAGAGAACUUCCAAUUGUGUAUUUUUUUACAUUCCAUAAUUUUGUGAUUAUUUUUUAGUGUUCAAUGUACUAUUUUUGUUGGUUUCAUAGAGUGAACCAGUUCCCUUUAAUUUCCAUGUGUGAUAAUAAUGGACAUUAAAUACUAUUUUUUCUUCUAAAUGUAAAUUAGGUACAACUCGGAUAUGUAUAUCAAAACAAUACAUAGUAUAUGUUACCAUUUGUUCUAUAUUUAUGUUACUAGUCAGUCUUCUAUUUUGUAUAGUCAAAAUACAAGUUAUUUUGAUUACA